AUGAAUGAUGUUAGGGUUGAGGAUGGUUCAGAAGAUAUAUAUAACAAGAUCUUUGGAAUUUAUGAUCCAAGAAGACUCCUUGCUCAAGGAAUAGAAUCAGACUUUAACGACCAAAGCACAAAUAAUUUCUUUCUUAGGGUUGACAAACUACAAAAAGAUGCGUGCUGGAUACCAUAUCAAAAGGAGUUUGACGAAACUCGUAAGGAUCAAAAAGAUGCCUCAGAAUGGACAUUCACGGAUAAAAAUAAUAUAGAAGUUGAUGUUGUCAAAACAAUUUGUAGCAGUAUUACUGAGGAAAUGAUAAUGAAUCUAGAAUAUAAUAAUCCAUUAUUAUCAUAUGUGAUUGAUUUUUCAAAUCUGCCCAAAGAAAUUAAAAAUACAUUUGAUGAGCAAGCACUAAUAGCAAUAACAGCUCCACUGAUAAAAUUCUAUCGAGACAUGGAUCCUACUUCAGAAAAAUACCUUGCUUACUUAGCAGUAUUUCCUUAUUAG